UUAUGAUCUAAUGUGUGUUUACUACCGCCAGUUGCUUGUGUUGAAGUUGAAUUUGUAUGUCAUUUUUUUAGUAUGAAUUAUGGAGGUAACUUCAAUUGGAAAUGAAGAAAUACAAUUAGCUGGUAACCUGAAAUAUGUUCAGUUUAAGUCUGACUUAAAGAACUUAAUAGAAAGGGAAAUUCUAGCAGAUGGGUGGCAAUCCUCAGCUGAAGCAUUUGAUAAAAUCUUCCCCAAGAAAAGGUACUUGCCUAGUUUCAAGAAGGCAUUUCAUGGUGCUAUUUUAGCUGGUUUUGAAGAAAGUUUAGAUGAAAUGUUGGGAGAUGUAUUGCCUAAACAGUGGGAUAUUUUAUAUCAAGAAAAAUAUGACAAUCAUCAUGAUGGGAAGGAUACUUCUCGGCUGACUUAUAGUAAAAUGGCAUUAAAUGAUUUGAAAUUAAAACAAAAAGCUGCUGUAGAAUCUGUUAUAGAAUUAAAACUGAAAAAAAUUGAAGAAAUUAAACAAAGUAUAUAUAUUAAGAAAUUAGAAGUAAUAAAGAAAUCAUCUGAAUUGCAAGCCAUUAAACAAAAAUGGAAAAAAAACUGUGGAAUAUUAGAAGACUUGAAAAAAAUGAGUUUCUAAGUUACAUUACCAAUACAUGAGAACCUAUUUAUUUAUAUAUAUUUAUAAGGUCCUAAUACUUUAAAUUAUAUAACUAACAAUUUUUAUUAAACAUGACCAGAUAUACUUAUAUUAUGUUAAUUUAGUAAUAAUUAUUUGUUAUUUAAAAUACACUAAUAAAAUUGGACACAAUGGAGA